AUGCCAGCCACAAUCGUUUUGCGAUCUGCCGUCAACAAAACUCUUCCUUCGAAGGGGAGGUUUCCAGAUAAUUACUAUAACCCAAAAUCAUGCCAUCAGGACUCGCCUUUCUCCACGCUCCUUGAACGUGAAUGCGCCAUUACAUGGGCUCUCUGCAAGAACAAUUUCCCUGGAAAUCUGGCUGGCUUUAUUGGAGGAUUUAUCCCGAGGCUUCUUGUUCACCCGGUAUCCUUCACAGCAGGAGCCGUAGCCUCACUCAAUGUGAUGAUAACAUGUCUUAUAUGGGUUUACAUAUUCGAUAUUGCCAACACAACAUCUUCCGUGGAAGAGGACAAGUUAAACAAGCCUCACCGACCAAUUCCAUCUGGUCUUAUCACUCUCAAGCAGGCCCGCGUCCGUUGGUUGAUAACAUGGUGUCUUGCUCCUACUAUACUCGCCUUGCUAUAUGGGAAAUGGCCGGCUUUCUACAUGGCUGUGGAGCAGGCGUGGGUGUUUGCAUUCUAUGUGUGGCCCGCAUACCGUCACUGGUUGACAAAGAGCAUAAUGGUCGCUGGAAGUACCUUCAUCAUGCUUCGUCUACUAAAUGCUGUUGUUCCAAAUCAUGAACAAUGGUGCAUGAAUGCAGUACCAGACAUGAUCGUCUGCGUCUGGACCAUGGCCACAAUUCAUCUGCAGGACUUUCGCGAUAUUGAGGGGGACUACACCACGCACGCAAUCACCAUACCUAUAUUACUUUCUCCCAGGGGCCAGGCGCAAAUGCCAUGA